CCAGGCUCCAUAUGUAUAGGUACCAUAAAAUUUGCAUAUUCUUUAAAUUUUUAUUGCUAAUUUUCACAUUUCUUAUGUACUGGAAAAGAUGCAGAUAAAAAUGGGAGUGGAAAGGCUUUUGCCUCGAAGGUCCGAUAAUUCCAAGUGAUUACUGUGGUGGACCACUUUAUAAAUGAGCAGGAGGGCAUCUUAAUCUUUAUUUUGCUGAAGAAACAUAUCACUGGAAAAAAAGAGACAACUUCCUUUUCAUGUACUGCUUUCUGCCUUUGUGGUCUUGGGACUAUGCUUAGCACUGUAAUUUAUUUUGGAUUGUGGCAAAGCAAGCUGAGGUCAAGAAAGCAACAAUGAACUAAAUUCAUAAUCCAUCCUCAGCCUCUCUGUGUGACUGCAGAAGACAUAGAAUUGUGGAAUCACAACAGAUUGGAAGUUGAGCAAGUUGAGGACUAUGUCUGAAUGUAUCCAGCUCUCAUUUGCUGUUUGUAGAAUUGGGAUUUACACGUGUUUUCGAGCACUUUGCUGCAAGGGACCACCGCCACCACGACCUGAAUAUGACUUGGUUUGCAUAGGCCUCACCGGUUCUGGCAAGACAAGUCUUCUGUCACAGCUUUGCGGUGAAAGCCCGGAGAAUAUAGUGUCUACCACAGGUUUUAGUAUAAAAGCAGUGCCAUUCCAGAAUGCCAUCUUGAAUGUGAAAGAACUUGGAGGGGCCGACAAUAUCAGGAAGUACUGGAGUCGUUACUACCAAGGAUCCCAAGGAGUAAUAUUUGUAUUAGACAGUGCCUCCUCUGAAGACGAUCUAGAAACUGCUAGGAAUGAACUGCAUUCUGCUCUCCAGCACCCACAGUUAUGUACUUUGCCGUUUUUAAUACUGGCCAAUCAUCAAGACAAGCCAGCAGCUCGCUCUGUGCAAGAGGUAUGUUAAUGUGGCAGUGUUUUGCCUGUUUUUAUUUGCUAUCUGCACAUCACUGACCCAGUAUAAAUUAUUACCCUGACAUCCUAGUUAUGAACUGGCCUCGGUUACUAUUCACUGUAAGUAUGCAGACCAAGAACAGUCCCAGCCCUUAAGAACUUAGUCCAAUGCACUCUGUGCAGGCUUAGUUGUUGUGGAAAACAGCCAAGUAAUACUUGGAUGCAAAUGGUUCUCCUGCUUUCACCAUAUUUUGCUUAAGGGAAAAAAGGCGUUUUUAAACUACUCUUAUCAAAUGCUGCUGGGACAGUGAUUUUUGUUAAUCUUGUUUUUUUGUUUGCUGUUAGUUUUAAUCUUGCACUGUCCCAUUACUCCAUUCUUUGCAACUGCUUAAAGCAAUAUAUCGUAGCCAUAGGUUGUCUUUUAUGUAAAAGCUUUUUUCUGAACUGCUAUAUACUGAUGUGGAAGCAGAGUUGCAGUUCUUGCUCUAAAGUCCUUAACUUGUUCUGAUUUUCUUCGUUAGGUAGUGUCUUUGUCUAACUUGUAGCUAUCGCAUAGUAAAUUAUGUAAUUGUUCUAUUCAAUAUACCUUUUGCUUUUAAGUUUCUGAAAAAUUCAUCUUACCUACAUUCCUAUUGUGUCACAUACAUUUGAGGAAAUGCAGAAAGUUACUGAUUCUUCAUGAGAAGCUCUCUUUAUUCUGAAAUUUGUAGGAAGAAGUUACAAUUUGGUUGUGUCAUUCUGUUCAUAAAUGCCAUCUAAAGGACUCUUCCUAUUAAAAGAUUGUAUGUGAAAUCUGUUUGUUCUGUGAGUGGUGUUUUUUAUUACAGCAGAGUGAAAACUAGUGCAGCACCUUGCUGUGUGGCUGCAUUGCAUCUAAACUUGGUGCCUUCUUAGAUACACUUUGUCUAAGAUAUUAAAAUCUGGUCUUUUUGAAGAAUGCCAGUUCAGUUGAAUGCAAAACUUACUGAUCUGUAGGAUAACUGCUAUUUGUACAGUAUAGUCAUACGUGCUUUCUGUACCGCCUUAUUGCUAUUCAGACCUCCUUUCUUAGCCAAAAGAAAUAGUGGAUAAAAAGUUCAGCUUAUUAUAUGUUAAGAAGGAUAAGUGUAAAUGUGACUGGAGAACAGCAAUGUUUUUAAUAUGAGAGCAAGAGAAUAAGCUGUAACUGCAUUAGAUACACUGUAAAAUGUUUUAUGAACUUGUUGGCCCUUUCCUCCAAAAAUCUGUGCUUAGGAAAAAGAAAGAGUAUAGGAGAGGGCAUAGGGAAUUUGGAUUUAGUUGCAAGUUACAUAAAAACUAAACUGAAAUAAUGCAGGGAUAGAAUCUACAAGUUUGAAGAUUUGUUCAUCUAAAAACAGAUUUAGGAAGAAGUAUUUAAAGGAAAUGUAAUGUGGAUUUUUAGGUAUGGUUUAUUUAUUUCCUCUAGUUUAUUGCACAGUGUAAAAGCAAAGCACAUAUUCCUAAUCUUCUACUUAAAAAAUGACAAUAUUCUGAAACACAACUGGUUUCAUUUUAUUAAUACAAAUAUACCCAAGGUGGUUUGAUUUUUACUUUUUUCAUAGAGCAAUAUAGAUUACAGUUUCCAUCAAUGGAAAUGCUUUUUUCACAUGAUUUAAGAUAUUUUUUUUUACUACUUUUUUCUUUUUUAAAAUGCCCAACUUAGUUUAAAUUUAACUGAGGAUUUUGAUUAUAAAUAAUGUUCAAGAAAUGCUCUUUGUCUGUUUUCAUAAGAAUAGUGAAUAUAAUGCCAGUUACUUUGUUUUACAGCAAAUUAUACCUGUAACUCUCUGUUUUGGAGUUGAGCCUUCAUGGAUAGACUUUUGAGCCUGAACUGAAUCUUUUACAUGUUUAGAGUUAGCAUUUCUACUCUUUUAUUGGCAGCACCCUUAUUUUCUCCUCAUUCAUCAUUACCAAUUGCUUGAUACCUCAGCAGAGGAGUAGAUCUUUACAUGCUUACAAUAUCAUUUAAAUAUAUUUCUACUGCAUGCCCUUAAAAAAAAAAUCUUUCAGUAUAUUAUCAUAGCAAACAAAUCUUGAUUGCUUUGAGUCUUUAUGAAAUGCUGAAUGCAAUAAUUUUGUUAAAUGUGUACAGCUUAUGCAUAUUUUCAGGAAAAAGUAACCUUCUAUCAAGAAUGCCGUGUAUGUCUUUGAAAUGGUUUACUUAAGAAUAGUGGUGAUCAAAAUUACAAAAACAGCUAAGGAGAAUGCCACAAAGUUGUUCGUUUGUCCCUGAAAAAAAACGAUGCCUUAUGUUUGCAGUGUAUGCAAAGUGGGAUCAUUAUUUGGUCAGUAUGGCUGAUGUUAAGAUAGAAAUCUCUUGCUUUCCCAGAGUCUUUGCUGUGCUGUUGUCCUCAUUAUAGACAUUUGAAAUGAAAGUAAAAUGCUGAAUCAUAAGACCUUCCCUUAUUUCAAAAAGAGCAUAUUUUGGGAUUUAACAAAAAUAACGUUAAGUGUUCUAUUAAACAUUUUAGCAGAACUAAGUCCAUUAAUUAUAGGUAUUUCCUUGCUUUUUUAUGUAUCAGAAGACAGAUGAAAUUUAGAAGUAUGUAUGCAUUUUCCUAUGCAACAAAUUGCUUUUCCUUAAUGCAUAUGAAAAGACUCCUUGGAGUAUAAUUAAAGAAAAUGUCUGAGUUGAGUGGUGCAUAAUAGGAAUUGUAGAAAAAAUAUUUAUCUACAACAAAAAUCCCUCACAAAACUGUACAAGUGCCAAGCAGUUUCUGCAGCAGAUGUUAGUUAUAUUUAUUGUUGGGAAGUACAGUUGUUCCAGUUUUUCAAAAUUUUCUAUUUUAUUUUAAUGUGUUUUUUCCAUGCUUUGCUUAGGUAGGAAUUACACUGUAGAAGCUGCAUGCUGUAAAUAUGAAGCAACGUCAUGAGUAGGUCAGUUCAGAACCAUAAUGGCUAUUUGUAAGAAUAUCUAAAUAACUUUUUUAAUUUAUGAAAUGUAAUUUAACCUAAUUCAUUUUUUUAGGUAUGAUUGGAUAGGGUAUUUCACAUUAUUGAAGUUAUCAGGAAAAAUUACAGGAGAAGCUAAGUCAAAAUACUAAUAAGUAA